GGGCUUAUGCGCUGUAGAUCAGGAGCUGCUGAACUGAGAGCAGAACAGUAGCAGCCUGGCUGCAUCUUCAUCCCAGGCACUCAGCAGAUCAGUCAUUUCUUGGAUUCCCUUUGCCUUUCCUUCCUUUUGCUCAAAGCCAGAGGUGGGGCGACUAGCUCCUCUUUGCUUUCCUCUGUUGGCGCAAGAAGACUAAUUACAAAUGCUAUAUUGGUAAUGAGUUAAUUAGAUCGUUUGAAAGGCUGGAUGUAUUCAUGCGUCUGAAGCUUUAACUUCUGCUGGAAAAUUAAACAGGCAUUUGUUUGAAUAUGUGGAAGAAGAUGACAACUGUGCAUGGAUGAUUUGAUGUAAUUAACACCUGCAAGAUUUGCAAAAGGCAGAUAUCAUUGUGAAGCAUUUACAGUGAUUUAUGGGAGGAAGGUGGUCCAAGAGAGGGAUGCUGAUGAUAUCAACACAGUGGAUUAAAUGUACAUUUAUACCUUUAUUGACAUAUGAAUUAUCCAUGCUAAAAAUGCAAUGAAAAGGGUGCUGAUGGAGCAAUAAUGUGGUACAAACUACUGGAUAUGGAUUCAGCUCUGCCAUCCCUCUAUAAGGCACAUCAAUGGAAUUCUACAUCUGAGCUAAAAUAGGAUGUUUAGGUUCUCAGAAUGCCUGCUUGUUAAGAUAAUGAGCAGUGAUGGCAAACAACAUUUUUGAAAGGAUAAGAAACGGGGAAGAGAUUUAAAGGAAUUCUCUUGUUUUUUUUCCAUUGGUAUUUGUCAUACUGUGGAUUUUGAGGGAACGCUUAAGGAGACUCAAGGAAUAUUUCUAACUGGGAAAUGGAACCUGGAUCUGAAUCUAGUCAACAUCAGAAAAGAAAGCCUGUGACGCAUGGACUGGAAGAUCAAAAAAGGAUUUACACGGAUUGGGCUAAUCAUUAUCUUGCAAAAUCUGGUCACAAACGAUUGAUCAAGGACCUACAGCAAGAUGUGACUGAUGGAGUCUUACUGGCUGAAAUCAUCCAGGUUGUAGCAAAUGAAAAGAUUGAAGAUAUCAAUGGCUGUCCAAAGAACAGAUCUCAAAUGAUUGAAAACAUAGAUGCAUGUCUGAGUUUCUUGGCUGCCAAGGGAAUAAACAUACAGGGUCUAUCAGCAGAGGAAAUCAGGAAUGGGAAUCUAAAGGCCAUUCUAGGACUUUUCUUCAGCUUGUCUCGGUAUAAGCAGCAGCAGCAGCAGCCACAGAAACAACAUCCACAGCACCAUCCAUCUCAGCAACCUCCAACAGUAUUCCAGCAACCAGGGCCUCCAUCCCAGUGUCCGGUUGGGGUGCAACAGCAACAGAUGCCGGCUUCACCCCAAACACAGUGCCAACAGCCCCAGCAAGCUGCGCAUCAUCAAUUAAAAGCACAACCAGAAAUGCAGUCAAGACUUCCAGGUCCCACCACGAGGGUAUCUGCUGCAGGCAGCGAAACCAAAACUCGUGGGUCUAUCAGUGCCAACAACCGGCGCAGCCAGAGCUUUAACAACUACGACAAAUCCAAACCUGUUAAUCCACAACCACCUCCAUCAAAUAGCAAUGAAAAAGAGCCAGCAGACAGUACAGCCUCCCAGUCCACAGGAAUGAAUGAAAAUGUAUUAUCUUCAGUUCAAAGCAGCAGCAGUACAAAUGCUGUUAGUUGCAAUAACUCAUCGGCCAUACCCCAGCCCAGCUCUGCCAUUAAACCCUGGCGCAGCAAAUCCCUUAGUGCGAAGCACACAGCCACGUCUUCCAUGUUAUCUGUAAAGCAGCCAGUUCCAGAGUCUCCAAAACCACCUUCAGAAAUGGUCAAAGCAACUCCCAAUGGUCAAAAAUCCAUGCUUGAGAAAUUAAAACUCUUCAAUAGCAAAGGAGGCUCCAAAGCAGGAGGAACAUCCCUUGAGUGUUCAGGGUCUCGGGACACUAGCUGUGAAAGACUAGAGGCACUUCCCAGCUUUGAGGAAAGUGAAGAGAUAGAUGCUGCAAAUCGGAAUAUGAACAACCCGGGACCAACAUCCAGUAGCCCCAAAAUUGCACUGAAGGGCAUUGCACAAAGAACUUUUAGCCGGGCACUGACUAAUAAGAAAAGUUCCCCAAAGGGCAGUGAGAAAGAGAAACAGAAAGAGAAGGAAAAGGAUAAAAGCAAAGACAUUGCAAAAAGGAUAUCCGUAAUGGAGAAGCAGGAGAUUAAAGAAGAGGAGCCAAAAGAAGAACAGACAGCACCAGCUACAACAGAGAUGCCAAAAAAGUCCUCCAAGAUUGCAAGCUUUAUCCCUAAAGGAGGAAAGCUGAAUAGUGCCAAGAAGGAGGCCUCUGCCCCUUCGCACAGUGGCAUACCAAAACCAGGAAUGAAAAACACCACAGGGAAAUCCUCAAGUGCCCCAACUUCUGCAAAGGAAGGUGAGAGAAGCCGCAGUGGAAAACCUGGCUCAGGGCUCUCUCAUCAGAAGACCCAACUAGACAGCAGGAAUUCCAGUUCCACUUCAAGUUUAGCCUCCUCAGAAGGAAAAGGGAUAGGAGGGGUAUCUGCUCUUAACAGUAGCAGCAGCACCCAAGCUGUCAAUGGGCCAGUUAGUACCACACAGACUACCGGCAGCAAUACUGUGAGUGUUCAACUACCUCAUCCACAACAGCAAUACAACCACCCGAACACUGCCACAGUAGCUCCUUUCAUGUACAGAUCACAGACAGACAAUGAAGGGAAUGUAACAGCUGAAUCCGGCACAGGAGGGGUGAGCAUGGAUACUGCUCUUUACACUAAAACUGGUCAGCCUGGUCUCGAAGACCUUUCAGGGGAGGAUCCAGAAACUCGACGAUUGCGAACUGUCAAGAACAUUGCUGAUCUUCGACAGAACUUGGAGGAGACCAUGUCCAGCUUACGGGGAACCCAGGUCUCCCACAGCACAUUGGAGACCACGUUUGACACCAAUGUCACUACUGAAAUAAGCGGUCGCAGUAUUCUCAGCUUGACUGGAAGACCAACACCUUUGUCGUGGAGACUUGGGCAGUCCAGCCCCCGCCUUCAGGCAGGUGAUGCUCCAUCAAUGGGAAAUGGGUAUCCUCCAAGAGCCAAUGCCAGCCGCUUCAUCAAUGCUGAGUCUGGGCGUUAUAUGUAUUCAGCACCUUUGAGAAGACAGCUAGCGUCCCGCGGUAGUAACGUUUGUCACAUGGACAUCUCAGAGAAGGGUGGUGAUGAGAUAGAUCUUGAAACCAUCAGCAUGGAUGCCACUGGCUAUAUGAGCGAUGGCGAUGUUCUGGGCAAGAAUAUAAGGACUGAUGACAUUACGAGUGGGUACAUGACUGAUGGCGGUUUGGGCCUGUACACUCGUAGACUGAAUCGGCUACCAGAUGGGAUGGCUGCAGUGCGGGAGACACUGCAGCGUAACACCUCACUGGGACUAGGAGAUGCUGACAGCUGGGAUGACAGCAGCUCCGUUAGCAGUGGGAUCAGUGACACCAUAGAUAACCUCAGCACCGAUGACAUUAACACCAGCUCCUCCAUCAGCUCCUAUGCCAACACACCUGCCUCCUCCCGUAAAAACAUAGAUGCACAGACUGAUGCAGAAAAGCAUUCACAGGUCGAGCGGAAUUCCCUGUGGUCCAGUGAUGAAGUCAAGAAAUCUGAUGGAGGAUCAGAUAGUGGCAUAAAGAUGGAGUCUGGAUCUAAAUGGAGGCGAAAUCCUUCCGAUGUGUCUGAUGAAUCUGAUAAAAGCACUUCUGGUAGGAAGAACACUGUCAUUUCACAGACUGGUUCCUGGAGACGGGGCAUGUCAGCUCAGGUUGGCAUUACUACACCGAGGACUAAACCUUCAACUACCUCAGGCUCGCUAAAGACACCAGGAACAGGGAAAACUGAUGAUGCCAAGGUAUCAGAAAAAGGUAGACUUUCUCCUAAAGCCGGACAUGUUAAACGUUCUCCAUCAGAUGCAGGACGGAGCAGUGGUGAUGAAUCCAAAAAGCCUCCCACAAGUAACUGUAGAACAGCUGCUGCUAAUACAAAUACAUUUGGAUUUAAGAAACAGAGUGGGUCAGCUGGAGGCAUGACUAUGAUUACUGCCAGUGGCGCGACUAUCACCAGCAGAUCAGCCACACUGGGCAAAAUCCCCAAAUCAUCUGGACUCAUGGGUCGGUCCACUGGUCGGAAAACUAGUGUUGAUGGCUCACAAAACCAGGACGAUGGCUACUUAGCACUUAGUGCCCGCACUAAUCUUCAGUAUCGUAGUUUACCCAGGCCCAGUAAAUCCAGUAGCAGAAGUGGAGCUGGUAAUAGAUCUAGUACCAGUAGCAUAGACUCCAACAUAAGCAGCAAGUCAGCUGGGUUGCCUGUCCCUAAAAUGAGAGAGCCAGCUAAGGUAUCCCUCGGAAGCUCUCUGCCAGGUCUAGUCAACCAAACAGAUAAAGAGAAAGGGAUAUCGUCUGACAAUGAAAGUGUGGCUUCAUGUAAUUCUGUUAAAGUGAACCCUGCAUCACAGACUGCUUCUAGUGGAGCUCAAAGCACUCACCAACAAGGAGCCAAGUACCCUGACGUGGCCUCCCCCACUUUGCGCAGACUUUUUGGUGGAAAACCAAGUAAACAAGUUCCAAUCACAACAGCUGACAAUAUGAAAAAUUCAGUGGUGAUCUCCAAUCCUCAUGCUACUUUGAGCCAGCCGGGUAACCUUGAUUCUCCUUCUGGCAGUGGUAUACUGAGUAGUGGGGGCAGCAGUCCUCUUUACAGUAAAAACACGGAUAUGAACCAGUCUCCGUUAGCCUCUAGUCCCAGUUCGGCCCAUUCAGCUCCUUCCAACAGUUUAACUUGGGGUACCAACGCAAGUAGCUCUUCUGCUGUUAGCAAGGAUGGCAUUGGAUAUCAGUCUGUCAGCAGUCUUCACACCAGCUGUGAAUCCAUUGAUAUCUCUCUCAGCAGCGGAGGUGGGCUGAGCCAUAACUCAUCCAGUGGCUUGAUCGCAGCUUCUAAAGAUGAUUCUUUAACUCCCUUUGUCAGAACCAACAGUGUUAAGACAACUUUGUCUGAAAGCGACCCACAUCUUGAUAGGAACACUUUGCCUAAGAAGGGAUUCAGGUAUACCCCUUCAUCCCAACUUCGGAGUCAAGAGGAUGCAAAAGAAUGGCUACGGUCACAUUCGGCAGGAGGCCUUCAGGACACUGCUGUCAAUUCUCCAUUUUCAUCUGGCUCCAGUAUAACAUCACCCUCUGGAACUAGAUUUAAUUUCUCCCAGCUUGGUCCAAAUGCCCUACCUAGCUCUGGGUACAGCAUGCUACCAUCUAGCUUCAAUUCAGGAGCAAGCCCUACUACUGCGGUCCAGAUGAGCUUGUCAAAUCCAACCAUGCUACGGACGCACAGCCUUUCCAAUGCAGAUGGUCCUUAUGAUCCUUACAGUGACACACGCUUCCGGAAUAGCUCAAUGUCACUAGAUGAGAAGAGUAGAACUAUGAGCCGCUCUGGGUCGUUCCGUGAUGGCUUUGAAGAAGUGCAUGGAUCCUCUCUCUCUUUGGUGUCCAGUACAUCAUCUAUUUACUCAACGCCUGAAGAAAAAUGCCAGUCAGAGAUUCGCAAGCUACGAAGGGAGUUGGAUGCAUCCCAGGAGAAGGUGUCAGCUCUAACAACUCAGUUGACUGCCAAUGCUCACCUUGUGGCAGCGUUUGAGCAGAGCCUUGGAAACAUGACUAUCAGACUACAGAGUUUGACUAUGACAGCAGAACAAAAGGAUUCAGAACUGAAUGAGUUAAGGAGAACCAUUGAACUUCUGAAAAAGCAGAAUGCUGCUGCCCAAGCUGCCAUUAAUGGAGUAAUUAACACACCUGAGCUCACCUGCAAAGGUACUGGGACUGCCCAGCCUGCUGACCUGCGAAUCAGAAGGCAACACUCUUCAGAUAGUGUGUCUAGUAUUAACAGUGCUACUAGUCACUCCAGUGUGGGAAGCAACAUAGAGAGUGAUUCAAAGAAAAAGAAGAGGAAGAACUGGGUCAAUGAGUUACGCAGCUCCUUCAAGCAAGCAUUUGGUAAAAAGAAAUCCCCUAAGUCAGCAUCUUCUCAUUCAGAUAUUGAGGAGAUGACUGAUUCGUCAUUACCUUCAUCACCAAAGCUGCCACACAAUGGCUCAACUGUUUCUACCCCGUUGCUCAGAGCUUCUCAUUCCAAUUCUCUUAUUUCUGAAUGUACUGACAGUGAAGCUGAAACAGUCAUGCAGUUACGCAACGAGCUAAGAGACAAAGAGAUGAAACUGACUGAUAUUCGUCUGGAGGCCCUUAGCUCUGCCCACCAGCUAGACCAGCUUCGGGAGGCUAUGAACAGGAUGCAGAGCGAGAUUGAGAAGUUAAAAGCAGAAAAUGACCGGUUGAAGUCUGAAAACCAUGGCAGCUGUAGCAGGGCUCAGUCUCAGGUUUCCAUUUCAUCCUCGCCAAGACAGUCCAUGGGUCUUUCGCAGCACAGCCUGAACCUCACAGAGUCUACCAGCCUUGACAUGCUAUUAGAUGACCCUGGUGAUGGCUGUGCCCGGAAGGAAGGAGGCAGGCAUGUUAAAAUAGUUGUUAACUUUCAGGAUGAAAUUAAAUGGAAGGAGGAUUCCAGACCCCGCCUCUUCCUUAUUGGCUGCAUUGGAGUCAGUGGCAAGACAAAAUGGGAUGUACUGGAUGGGGUUGUUAGACGGUUAUUUAAGGAAUAUAUCAUUCAUGUGGAUCCAGUGAGUCAGCUAGGAUUGAAUUCAGACAGUGUUUUGGGAUACAACAUUGGGGAAAUCAAACGCACAAAUAGUGCCGAGACACCUGAACUGCUGCCCUGUGGCUAUCUGGUUGGCGAAAACAACACCAUCUCAGUUACUAUCAAAGGUAUCUGUGAGAACAGUUUGGACUGUCUGGUGUUUGAGUCACUGAUUCCAAAGCCUAUACUUCAGCGAUAUGUCUCUCUCUUAAUGGAACAUAGACGGAUUAUCUUGUCUGGGCCAAGUGGCACUGGUAAAACGUACCUAGCAAAUCGUCUUUCUGAGUUUAUGGUACUUAGAGAGGGCAGAGAGCUGGCUGAUGGAGUUAUUGCAACCUUCAACGUGGAUCAUAAGUCCAGUAAGGAACUGCGUCAAUACUUGUCCAACCUUGCUGACCAAUGUAAUAGCGAAAAUAAUGCUGUGGAUAUGCCUCUUGUCAUCAUUCUGGACAAUUUGCAUCAUGUUAGCUCCCUAGGAGAGAUCUUCAAUGGGCUUCUGAACUGCAAGUACCAUAAAUGUCCUUACAUUAUUGGCACAAUGAACCAGGCCACAUCCUCAACACCUAACCUUCAACUACACCACAAUUUCAGAUGGGUGCUAUGUGCUAACCACACUGAGCCAGUCAAGGGCUUUCUUGGUCGUUUCCUGAGACGAAAACUAAUUGAAACAGAAAUCAGUGGUAGGAUGAGAAAUGCAGAACUGGUUAAAAUCAUUGACUGGAUUCCCAAGGUCUGGCAGCAUCUCAACAAAUUCUUGGAGGCUCACAGUUCCUCUGAUGUUACUAUUGGUCCACGGCUCUUCCUCUCUUGUCCAAUAGACGUGGAUGGUUCUAGGGUCUGGUUUACUGAUUUGUGGAACUACUCUAUUAUCCCAUAUCUUUUGGAGGCAGUCAGAGAAGGACUACAGUUGUAUGGAAGGAGAGCUCCCUGGGAGGAUCCAGCCAAAUGGGUAAUGGACACGUAUCCCUGGGCAGCCACCCCACAGCACCACGAGUGGCCUCCGUUGCUGCAGCUGCGGCCUGAAGAUGUUGGAUUUGAUGGGUACUCAAUGCCACGGGAUGGUUCAACUAGCAAACAAGUUCCCCCGAGUGAUGCUGAAGGAGAUCCUCUGAUGAACAUGCUAAUGAGACUGCAAGAGGCAGCCAACUAUUCGAGCCCCCAGAGUUAUGACAGCGACUCCAACAGCAACAGCCAUCAUGAUGACAUCCUUGACUCAUCCUUGGAGUCGACGUUGUGAUCUUCAGCAGACAGAAAACAGGCGGUUUCCCACUGUCCCUCUCCUACUUUACAAGACUCUUUAUCACAAACUAAUGAAGAUGACUUGUUACUGGACUGGGCAGAUGUCUCAGUAUUAGAGCUGCAAGAACAAGACACUUUAUUUGAGUCAGUCUUGAAUGUGGGUGCAGGUAACCCAAACAACUUUUGUACUGUUUUCUUUUUACAAUGAUAAGAACUGCACUAUGUCUUUGUUUUGUUCUGUUUAGUUACUGUAAGCCCUCAUGCCUAAGAUACUGAAGACAUUUAAAAAAACAAAACACUUCACAGCUAUGAAACAAACAGCAUUGUGCCAUGUACUGUCCAGAAGGAGAGGGGAGGGAUGUUUAUUGCCUAUGUUGCUUCUGACCAAACACAUUUGGGUGAGGGCUGGAUUUCUACUAAUCAGCUUUGCAGACUAACCUUAGCUGCGGAUAGUUCUGGUGCUAUAAUAUAUUGCUUGCCUUGGUAAUAAUGGUCCAUAAAAGGCAAAGCUGCAAGACAGGGAAAUUUAAAGUAAAUAUUAAAAUAAAAAAAAGCUGCUCUUCUUGCCAGUCUGAGACCUUGGCUUGCUUUCCUCUAUUUCACCAUGUGUUUAUAGAGAUUUACAGAUAUAUAAAUAGAAAUAUAUGUACAGUCUAAACAAAUCAGGUUUUUUUUCAAACACUGUGUAACAAACCAUCCUACAGAAUUUUAAACACCAAGUACCUGUUUGAUAUUCAGGGCUUGAUUCUCCUCUUUCUUACACCAGUAAAACUCCACUGACUGUAGUAGAGCUACUCCUGCUUUACACUGGUGUAAGUGAGCAAAAUUCACUCCUCUGCACAGGGCCUAUGCCGCAUUUAAAUGCCAUCGCUUAAGUGGAACUUCAUAGGCGCAUAGGUUCUCUGUUCACCCUAUGGAUGGGGGUGAAUUUCACCCAAUUAGGGUAUAGUCAGGCCUUCAGUUUUUACCCUUUGUAUUAGAAUUUUAUAGCUGUUUUCUAAGACUUUUUUGUCAGGGAUUUCUCUCUCUGACCAUUACAACUGCAAAAGGGGUUCAUUAAAGCUCAGCUCUGCAGGCAGUCUGCUGCUACUCUGGUAACAUCAUUUAGUCUUGUUUGGUUUUUAAAUAGCAGAAAGUAGUGUUUUGGCAGUUCAUCAAAACUGUCUUAUCCAGGUCUUAAAAGGGGCGGUGUGUGUGUGUGUGUGUGUGUGUGUGUGUGUGUGUGUGUGUGUGUGUAGUAUCUCUUUAAAGUUUAAAAGUUGCUCAUGGGUUAUGGCUGAGCUGUGAACCUGGUUCUCUAUUUCUCCUCCUCCUCUCCACACGCACACAAUACAGUUUCAGUAUUAAGGCUUGUACUUCUGUUGAGGAGCAAGAACACCUCACAAAGAAUUGCACUUUCCUUUCCUUGGGAGCAAAUACGUUCAAUAAAGCCACCACACAUCAGCUGUCUCAGGCUGUACUCAGCAAGAACCGCAGUCCUCAACAUUGAUCUGUACAAGCCUUUCCAGCUCUAUUUCGGUGCUGAAUUUUUAAAGCGAUGCCUUACUUAUUUUGUACUAAUUGUAUUAAUUACAUUAGUGCUGUAUAUUAUGGGGUUUUAUGUAAGUAAACAGGGCUAAAGAAGUCAUCUCUUGGAAUAUAACAACAAAUUUGCUGUGAAUAUUGUUUGUGUGAAAUAUUAGAUUUUGUUUAAAUGUGACGGUAACAAAAGGAGGGAAAUGAGAUAACCUUUCAGGUUCAUAUCAAUCUGCAGCUAAUAGGUCAUUGGAUAGCUGUUUAUUCAAUGCAAGAAAAAAAAAUAAAAGCUUUUCUAUGAUGAAAAAUGCCAUCGCUACUAAACUACAGAAAAGCGAUUGCUGUUUUUUUCAGUGUACAGGUAGAAAACUUAUUACAAACACUUUUUUUUAAGAGCUUGUUAAUCCUUCUGGGUUUAAAAUAAUGUAACAGACACAAGUUCAUGCUUCUGUGACUCAGUUUGAAUGGAUAAUUUUAUUAUCCCUCAUGACUUUCUACUAUCUGUGACUUGACUGUAGUUACUUUUUUGUCUUUAUCCAAUGAGAGCUGGUCGUGAAUCGGCUCCCAUUACAGCUUUCAAGUCUUGUUGAUCUUUUUCAAAAAAGAAAUUGUAAAAGAAUAAGUAAAAUAUUUUAAUGACGGGGAGGGGAAAAUCCCCUGAGCUGGUAUCACUGCUUUAACCUCGCUGAACUCUAAUUUAGAUUGUAUCAUUUAAAUGAAAGGCAAAGUGUUACUCAACCAACCUUAUUAAACCAGAUCUUCUUACUGUAAAAUGAGCUACACUUAUAUGGAAUCAUAUGCAGCGCGUGCUGAUGAGUUAGAGUGAUUCAUUUCUCAGCAAUCUGACAAUUCUGCUUCCCAGCACUGACUUUACCUGCUACUACUGUGAAUCUGGAUAGAGACUGAAUACCUGAACCUGAGACUGAUCCCAUGCAAGUAGACCCUUGUGCCUGGGUGGAUCGGUUUGCAGGACAGAGCCUAAACUGACUUAACAUCACAGCAUUUCUCAGCAAACUUUUAACUGAACCCUACAAAUACAUUUGAAAUUGUCAGAUAAUUUUUUGUUUUUAAUCCUGUGUUCAGAUGCAGGAAAGGGGUUCUAUCUAUCUGCUCCUCUCUGAUUGACAACAAUUUGGGGUACUGUAAAGGAGGCGACUUUGAGUAGGUUAGUCAUUUUAGUCUUCACAAAACUCAGUGUCCUUUCUGAAACUUCGGGAAGCAGGGUUACCUGUUAUGCACAUUUCUUAUCUUCAUCCUGAUUUCACUAUAGUUUAGUAAACUUUGUUUUUCAUUAAUUUGUUCUCAUUUUAAGGCUUUGUCCAAAAUGCUUCCAAUUUUUUUGCCUUUUUUUCUACAAAGUUGGCUUGUUUUUUAAAAAAAAAAACAAAAACAAAAAAACACAAGAUUCUAUGCAACAUUCAUGUUGAGUUAUAAAUUGGAAGCUUAAACCAUUUCUUUUCCUUCAGAACUGCCAAGAAUUGUACAGGCCAUAACUGAAACAUGGAGACAGUUUUAGUUGAGGGUGGGUUUGGCUAGCUUUUUUUUUUUUUGUACAUUUUGGAAGAAAAAACUAUUUCAUUGUUGAUGCUUAACUUCGAUAUUAUGUGUAUUGAAUCUUGUCUAAAUGUGGCAAUUCUUUCAAGAAAAACAAAAAACAAAAAAAAAGUCUUUGUGGAUAUUAAAUGGAAGGUUGCUGUUUUGAUCUAGUUGUUUCCAGUGGAACAGUUUAUGAAAUAUGUUCUAUAAGAUGUACAUUUUUUCACUGUAACAUAGAAAUGUAAAUAUUUGAUUAAAAGUGCUGCAUUUUGAUGAAUUUUUUCUAGCCAUUUUUAAAGAGAAAACUAGGAAUUGAGUAUUUUGUGUACGGUAUGAUGUUUGCCAUCUGUUCCCCUCCCUAUUUAAUUUUCAGUUGUCAUUUAGGAUUGGAAUUUGCAAAUGGUCUGUUUAAGAUCAUGGCCCCCACCCCAGUGUCAUGGAAAAUAAAGCUGAUGAUUGUACCAGUCUUAAAUUAUUCAUGAUUCAAUAAAAUUGAUACUUAUUUAUUCAGA